UUCCAUGUGGUACAGGAUACAGUUCUCUCAUCACAGUAAAAUCUUUCAUAUUGUUACUGUCAAGUAAUUUGGCGAGAGUGAGUGAAUAGUUGACUAUUAGUUAUCGGUUUAUAUUUGUGAAAGGCUGCGCUGUUCGCUUUUCACGUUCGGACUACAACGUUACGCGUCCGAGCCGAGCCGAGGGCGUACUAGCUACGCUCUUUCUCGCUGCUCGCUCACUGUACGUGACGUCAAACCAGCAUGGCGGCCAAGGUGCAAUCUACCAAACGCGGGGACCCAAGUGAGCUGAAAUCAAUCUUCCAAAAGUACGCCAGUGUAGCGGACAAGGAUGGAGAGAGGUUCAUGACCCCGGGAGACUUUGUCCAGAGGUAUCUAGGACUACACACGCAGAUCCACCACAACCCCAAAACGGUACAGCUCAUCGCUGCUGUGGCUGACACCACCAAGGACGGGCUGAUCUCGUUCCAGGAGUUCCUUGCGUUUGAGUCAGUGUUGUGUGCCCCCGACGCUCUCUUCAUAGUAGCCUUCCAGCUGUUUGACAAGAAUGGAACUGGAAACAUUUCCUUUGACAAUGUGCGGGACAUCUUUAGCCAGACCACAGUGCACCACCACAUUCCCUUCAACUGGGACUGUGAGUUCAUCCGUCUGCACUUUGGGCACGACCGCAAGAAACGCAUCAGCUACCUCGAGUUCACCCAGUUCCUGCAGGAGCUGCAGUUGGAGCAUGCACGCCAGGCGUUCGCCCAGAAGGACAAUGGGAAGAAUGGCGUCAUCUCCGCCUUGGACUUCAGUGACAUUAUGGCCACCAUCAGACACCACAUGCUCACACCCUUUGUGGAGGAGAACCUCGUCUCCGCUGCAGGUGGCAGCACCUCUCACUUGGUCAGCUUCUCUUACUUCAAUGCCUUCAACUCCCUCCUGAACAACAUGGAGCUGAUUCGCAAGAUCUACAGCACACUGGCUGGCACGCGGAAGGACACACUCGUGACCAAAGAGGAGUUUGUUCAUGCUGCCAACAAGUUUGGGCAGAUCACUCCCAUGGAAAUUGACAUCCUGUACCAAUUGUCAGGCCUGUUCUCCCCCUCUGGGCGCCUGAAUCUUUCUGACAUUGAGAGGAUAGCUCCAUUAGAGGAAGGAUGCCUGCCCCAUCACCUGGCUGAAACCCAAAAGCAGGCCCAUGGGGAUGGUUCCAGGUCUGUGUUGCUCCAGGUUGCGGAGUCCUCCUACAGGUUCAGCCUGGGCUCCAUCGCUGGAGCUACGGGAGCGACGGCUGUGUACCCCAUCGACUUGGUGAAGACUCGUAUGCAGAACCAGAGGUCCACAGGCUCCUUUGUCGGAGAGCUUAUGUACAAGAACAGCUUUGACUGCGCUAAGAAGGUGCUUCGCUACGAGGGCUUCUUUGGCUUCUAUAGAGGCCUGGUCCCUCAGCUUAUAGGUGUAGCACCUGAGAAGGCUAUCAAACUCACAGUGAAUGACUUUGUAAGAGACAAGUUCACCGGCAAGGGCGACGAGAUUCCUUUUUGGGCUGAGGUUAUGGCUGGCGGCUGUGCUGGAGGCUCUCAGGUGAUCUUUACCAACCCUCUGGAGAUUGUGAAGAUUCGCCUGCAGGUGGCAGGCGAGAUCACCACCGGGCCUCGAGUCAGCGCGCUCAGCGUGGUUCGUGACCUGGGCUUCUUCGGCCUCUACAAGGGUGCUAAAGCAUGUUUCCUGAGAGACAUCCCCUUCUCUGCCAUCUAUUUCCCCGCGUAUGCCCACCUCAAGACCCAGUUUGCCGACGAUCAAGGCAGGCUGGGAGCUCUGCAGCUUCUCACUGCCGGAGCGAUCGCAGGUAUCCCUGCGGCCUCCCUUGUGACGCCUGCCGAUGUCAUCAAGACGCGUCUGCAAGUCGCAGCGAGGGCAGGACAGACCACUUACAGCGGCGUCAUCGACUGCUUCAGGAAGAUUAUGAGAGAGGAGGGGUUUAGGGCUUUGUGGAAGGGAGCUGGAGCUCGUAUGUGCCGGUCUUCUCCUCAGUUUGGUGUGACUCUGGUGACUUAUGAGCUCUUACAGCGGUGGUUCUACAUUGACUUUGGAGGACAUCGUCCGUCAGGAUCUGAGCCCACACCCAAGUCUCGCAUCUCGGAGCUUCCUCCCAUUAACGCCGACCACGUCGGAGGCUACCGCCUGGCUGCAGCUACCUUUGCCGGGGUGGAGAACAAAUUUGGCCUCCACCUUCCCAAAUUCAAGUCCUCCGGCGUGGUCUCCAUACAUCACCCAGAGCCAGUCGCUUCCACGCCUGCUCAGGCCCCGUAGACGCCUGAAUCUCCAUUUCACUUUGCCAUCCCUCUCCUCCUCCUCCUCCUACCAGGAGCCAGACACUUAGAUAGAUACUCAAACAAAACACACACAUAUUUUAAAA